UGGGACUUGCGGAGGAGGACAACUUCUACUACAUUCUCUCCAGAAAACUGCUGGAAGCCAACAGCUUUAACACAACCCCACCCCGGCAAACACGAUUGGGACUCAACAGAUGACGACAGCGCAACUGAUAUCCUCCAGCGAGGUUUCCCCGAAACACAACAACAGUGUGAUGCGCGGGGAGCCGCAGUGAAGAAGAAACUCCUCAGAUUUUUCCGCGUCUCCGAUCCGACUGUCAGUUAGCCGGCUAGCUGCUAGCGAGCUAGCUCGCCUUUGGACUAGCGUUUGCGGUGCGGGACUCUGUUUGUAGCCAAUGACGUCUUGGCUUGCUGGCUUUAUUUGCUACGGUAGACAGGUAUGGCAUAUCGCUUCCACUCGGUAAGCGAACUGGUUGAGAAGGGUUGGGAGAAAACAUUUGAGGAGCUGAAUGAUAACUUUGUAAGUACUCAUUAGCAUAGCGUAGCAUAGCCUAGCUGGUCCAACGCAAGACUCGUUGGCCGAGAGUUAGCGAUUCGCACUUUAAUUGUACAAGACGACUCGCCAAUAUCCCGAUUAUUGCCGACCGAGUGUUUUGAGGCCCAAAUCCCCACUGUGUGGACAGUGAAUUGCUUUAACUGAGCUAGGGGAUGUUUAUGGCUUCCCUGUUCUGCUAGGUGUCGUUAGCGGUCUCAUAGGUGCUCUCUGAAGGGAGCGGUGAGCCGACGUUAGGUGCUAAGAUAAGGUUCCCUGUAUCAGGGUAACAAGGUCACCCCGAUUAUCAUGAGCCGUUUAGACAAACGUAAUGCAGAUGACACUUAAUUAAAGUGCGCGUAGACCGGCUGGUGUUGCCUUGUUAGCUGCAGGUAAACGCAACACAGCUCAAAAAAGGCGCAAUAGUUCAAUAAAUGAAGGGAAUAAACGGGUUGAUUAAUUUAUUUGGAUGAGCUUUUGCUGUAUUGUUCGACGACAGAUCUGGUUUGGCGUCAGACUGGUUAAACUUCCCAGUUCCACCCCUUGAAUAGUUUGAUGGACGUGGGGGGCUGUUUGCCAGACUGUCAGUGCUAUAAUCAGUCAUGUAUGUCUUGACAAAUGGCACCUUGGUCUGUACAUAGUGUUUGCUGUCAGAUUUAAGUGUCGUUGUGUAGCUUUAGUGGGGAGCCAUUAAAAAGGAAUGUCUUGUCUUUUUAUACCUGUUGGGUUGGUUUUUUAUUUUCCUUUUUCUCAAACAAGGGGCAGUCUAGUUGAGUCAAAGUGCAGUCCUGACAUUGUGCAGUGGACAAUGCUUAUCAGUUAGUGCCUAGAAGAUUACAGAACUUGGAGAUCUGCCUGCAUACAGCCCACAACUAGUGUAGAUUAUUCUUUAGGGAAUGCACCAAAACCCUGCCAAUCUGGAUCAAGAAAACCUGUCCAUUGUGUCUGGUUGGAGUAACACACUGAAGUCAAAAUCAAUGCCUUCAGCACUGGCCGUGUUCACCUGCCGACCCAACUCGCACCCAUUCCAGGAGCGGCAUGUGUACCUGGAUGAGCCGGUCAAAAUUGGUAGGUCGGUGGCUCGGUGCCGACCGGCCCAGAACAACGCCACAUUUGACUGCAAGGUGCUGUCCAGGAAUCAUGCUCUUGUAUGGUUCGACCACAAGACGGGGAAGUUCUACCUUCAGGACACUAAAAGCAGCAACGGGACGUUCAUCAACAGCCAGAGGCUGAGCCGCGGAUCAGAGGAGAGUCCGCCCUGUGAGGUUCUGUCCGGCGACAUCAUUCAGUUUGGGGUUGAUGUCACUGAGAACACACGCAAAGUCACUCAUGGCUGCAUCGUGUCAACAAUCAAACUCUUUCUACCUGAUGGGAUGGAGGCCCGCAGACGAAGCGAUGUCAUCCAGGCUCCAUUACCACUACCUAUAGACAAGGUUGCAGCCAACACUCCCAGUAUGUACUCUCAGGAACUGUUCCAGCUCUCCCAGUAUUUACAGGAGGCCUUACACAGAGAGCAGAUGUUGGAGCAGAAGCUGGCCACUCUGCAGCGGCUCCUCACCACCACUCAGGAGGCCUCAGAGAGCAGCUGGCAGGCUCUGAUAGAUGAGGACCGCCUGCUCUCCAGGCUGGAGGUGAUGGGCAGUCAGUUACAGGCCUACUCUAAGUCGCAGUCAGAGGAAGGGAUCCGGAAGGAGCUUCUGGCUCUCCAGGAGGACAAACACAACUACGAGACUACAGCGAAGGAGUCCCUGAGACGAGUCCUGCAGGAGAAGAUUGAGGUGGUCAGGAAGCUGUCAGAGGUCGAGCGGUCGCUCAGCAACACAGAGGACGAGUGCACCCACCUGAAGGAGAUGUCUGAGAGGGGUCAGGAGGAGCUGAGGGAGCUGGCCAACAAGUACAACGCUGCCGUCAACGAGAUCAAGGAGCUCACUGACAAGAUUAAGGUGGCAGAGGGGAGGCAAGAAGAGCUGACUCUGCAGGGAGCGACGGAGAAGAGGGAGCUAGAGAUGCGGAUCGAAGAGAUGGAGGAGAAGGAGCAGGUUCUCCAGGCUCGCAUCGAGGCUCUGCAGGCUGAUAAUGACUUCACAAAUGAGAGGCUUGCAGCCCUCCAAGUGCGGUUAGAACAGCUGCAAGAGAAAAGCAUUAAAGAGAGCAACAGUCUUGAUGUGGACAUUGUCUCCCACGGACCAGUAGAGGAACCUGUGGAAGACGAAGAGAGCCUGCAGACCUCUGAGAACCAGGACGAAGACGAGGCGGAUACAGAUACCAAUAAUGGUGCUGUUGGUGAAGAUGAAGAGAACGAUGACAACUGUCAUGUCAACAGUGGAGGAGAGUCGACUAGAAUCCCACAGUUGAUUGAGUGUCCGCCUGUCAAACAGCUGAAGGAGAACGUCUGCUCUUCAAUACACAAACUGGCCAACUUUGAUGAAGUCAUGGACGCCCAUCUGCAGAACAGCCAGACACCAGAAGACGACCUCCUGGCCAGCCCUGAUCGUCUCAAAGCAAAUCAGAUGGAUGCCAAAGAGUCUGACAUGUCCGACACGCUGAGUCCCAGCAAAGAUCGCAGCAGCGACGACACGUCAGAUGGCAACAUGAACGACCAGGAGCUGAAUGAACCCCAGAACAGAGUUGCUCUCCUGAAAGCUGAGUUGAAUCGUGCCGGUCUGGAGGCUGGAGACACGGAAAAGGUCAUCAGCUAUCUCCACAGAGAACUUCUGGAAGCCCAGGACUUAGCCAACACUGGGAAGCAGAAAUGUCUGGACCUACAAGCUCUACUGGAGGAGGAGAGGAGGAGUAACUCUAAGCUGACUGAGGAGUCCACCAAACAGAUCCAGUACUUGCAGACUCAACUUGGGAAGCUGCAGGCUGACAUGGAGGCACUGAGGGAGCAGAGGGAGAGCACCAUCUGCAGCACCAGGGAGGAGCUCUACUCAGCCCAGGAGGAGAUUCUUGUCCUGCGACACGCUAUGGAGACGGCCACAGCUGAGCGGGAGCGUGAGAUCGCCGCUCUGCAGGCCGACCUGGGUAGCGUGCGUACUGAGCUGGAGCACUGGAAGGCCACGGCUGCCAAGUACGAGGAGGAGAUCAACCGGCUGCAAGAGGCCUUCGUUCAUCAGCAACAGCAGCACAAUGCUGCCAGUCAGCUGCAAGAGGAGUGUGCAGCUUUGCAGCAGCGGUGUGUGUCUUUGCAGCAGGACUGUGACGGCCUGAGAGCUGAACGGAAAGAUCUGAAAGAUAAAAUGCACCGCCUGGAGGCUGAGCUCAGCCGCACCAAGGAGCAGAGUCUGGUCCUCAGCAGCAGUCUGGAGUCUCUGGAGAAGCGGAAGGAGGUCUUGCAGGACAAACUGGGUUCUCUGGAGAACCAACACCUGCAGGAUGCUAGCAGGUUAAAGAACCAGCUGGAUCAGGCCCAGGCCCGAACACACACACUGCAGAAAGAGUAUGAAGAUACUCAGUCACAGCUCUUGGACCUCCGUCAGCGUUACGAAAAGACGGAGCAGGAGAAGCUGAACAUCCACCAGGAGCUGGAGCAGUGCCAGAGCAACCUGAAGCUUCUGCAGGACAAGACCACAUCUCCAUCCAUAUUGCAGCCUGUCCAAGCCAUAUUCAUGGGCCUUGUCCUGGCUCUGCUCUACUGGUGUUUCGGCCAGUUGUGGUAGAAAGAACGGCUGGAGCCCCUGGAUGCCGGUCAUCGCAGCGAUGGUCGCCGUGACGGCAGCCGUCCUCUACCCCAACCUCUCCAAGAGCAGCGCCGCCUGAAACGAGGACAGCGGCGCCGCUUUACUUUGUAUAAAGACCGAUUGUACAUAAUUGUAGAGGGAAUGAGAAGGUCGUGGUUCCUGCAGAGGACUCGGAUACUUCCUGGUUUAUUUUUUUGGAGUUUUGUCAUUUUUAUUCUCUGCUCUCUCUGAGUUGUGGUGGGGGUGUUAUGGUUUUUGUCUCUCUGGGUAAAGAAGCGUUCUGCUGCAGACAGAGCUUCCUCAUUAUUAAAUAUUAAAGAAAAUACGCUCGAACAGAGCGAAGGUGAAGCUUUCCAGCAGCCAGGCUGCAGUCCGGAGAAUCUUGAUCAUCCCGAUGUUUGUCUCAGAUGCUUUAUUUUAAACACAGCAGCUCUUUGCUUUUCCUGCUUUAUAAAAACAUUUACUGAUAUUUAUAUAAAAAUCUGCACCUUUUAAAGCAGUUUGAUUACUUUGUGAUUUAGCUGCUCAUCAUUUACUCUCCACCCAAAAAAUGGAAGUUUUUGUUUCUGUUUUUGGAGCAGAUAAUCUCACGUUUAGCCGUUUUUCUUUGCAGGUCAACAGUUGUUAACACUACCAAACGUUGCCCGUGUAUUUGCAGCGGGUUGUUCUGUCCGAGGCUGGAAAACAGCCGGUUGCGCCGGGCUGAUCCAGAGUCUGCUGGAAAGUGUUCACGUUGAGGCGUCUGCAGGAAGUCCUGCUCUGUCUUAACACCACGUUUUUCUGCUCUUCUUGAUGUUUUCCCCGGAAAUGUAGGGGUUGAAGCCAAAUUAUUAAAAUUCAGAUAAUUGUUUUUUACUUUUCAGUUUAAAGCGCCUCUGAUCUAACACACACACGUUGGGCUUGUUUGACCAUCAGGCCUGUUGGUGUUAAGAGUCCGUCACGUUUUUCCAGAAGUUUCAGUUUCUCCUCUGGCUUCGUGAUAAACUGGACAAAUGUCAUCAUUUAAAGAUGAUGAAGACCGUGACAUGUUCUCCUCAUGCUUGUUUGAAGCACAUCAUGAUAUCUAAACAGCAACAAAUCUUCUCAGAUAUGAGAAUCGUUUCUCAUAAUAUGUCCUUUAGCAGCUGAGGUAGAAAUGAGAGAAACUUCAUGUCAGCAGCCCUUCAUGUUGGAAACAGCUGAAACUAAGGAGCUGUCAGGGCUUCUGGUGGAGGAGACCUGAGCCUUUAAAUCUGAAAAUAUUGAAACGUGAUGAACGGUGCUGCAUUUGUUUGUUUGAGCUAAGAUCUUAUUAAUGACAGUUAAAUCAGUCUCUUAUCAGCCACACCUUCUUUUUAAGCUUCUUCUCUUCUUAAUGAGUUCAAAUCUUCUUGUUUUGGUCUUUUUAAACCAUUUGGUUCUGAUUUCAGAACAUCAGAUGUUUUUUUUUUUUAUUAUUAUAUCUCCAAAUCAUCAAAAGUUUCACAAGAAUAACCCAAAACUGUGUAGAGUCGGAUUCUAAGAGGAGACAUAGCAGCAACAUGGGUUCUUCGUGUUCUGACUCUUAACACUUCGGGCCUCUUAACGUUUUUGUUUUUAAACAGAACCAGAAUAGUUGAGAGUUCUGUGGGUGGGUGUCGGUUCCCAUGUUGGUCUCUUGAGCAGCGUUCGUCAUCGUCCGUGUAUCCUGUCUCGUCUCCGUGUCGAUUAUAAUAAUAAGACAGCGAACAAAUAUUCCUGAUGUUUCAAGAGAAAAACACUAAAGCUACAGAGAGAAUUGUAAAAUAAAAUGUUAAUGAAUGAUGUGCGACUAGACUUAUUUUGUUCAAAUUGUUUAGAGUUAUGAGAGGGAGAGCUGUUGUAGAGAAAAUGAUCUUAUUGAAUAUAUGCAGAGAAAUGUUUUGGAUUAAAGUAGCAAAGCUGACCCACCA